AGAUCUCUUGAAAAAAGAAGAGAGGGCAAUAGCAAUUAGCCAUAGUGCUGGUUACUGUUCAGUGUUGAGAUCUUCACCAAAAGAGAAAAAGGAUAUGAGAAAAAAAAAGAAAAACCUUCCCUUGUACCAAUGGAAACAAAACAGCUCUGAGUACUGAAAAAGUGUGAAUUUGGAAAUCUAUUUCCCACUCCCUUUCACUUCGAUCUCCUUAAGCUCAAACUUGAAAUAAUCCUCCCUCUCUCUCUAGGCCUUUGUCUUUCUCCAAUUCGAAAUUGCAGAAACUCGCGCAACUCCGGGGGGUUCUCUUACUCAUCUCUCUUCUCUCGUCUCACUGGUUAAAGACUCUCACUUUCUGAUGCCCUAGCAAUCCUAGAUUUGUGGGUUUCUCUUUAACUUUUCUGGGUUUGCUUCAGUUCCCCUGGAGCCACUAGAUUCUGCUGCAAGAUUAGGGUUUUCUCCAGAAAGCUGUAAUCUUUGUGCUCUACACUAAAUGGGUAUCUGUUCUAUGGCGAUUUCGAUUGAGUUUUGUGCUUUAGAAAUGAUUUAGCUUUAGGUGUUGGAAGAUCUUGUAAUUCAAAGUUCAGAUUUUUUUUUAGCUUUAGGCUGUGUACUGUGAAAUAGAGAAGAAAGUAGUGUAUUGAUUAUCCUCUGGCUAUCCUGGAGAUCUGGGAUUUGUUUCAUCUCUUAUGUCAGAUGAGGACUUUUUACCCAUCUGAUUCUUGUAGUAAAGAAUCACAUCUCAAUUCCUUGAAUCCACAGUCAUGGCUUCAAGUUGAGAGAGGGAAGCUAUCUUCCUCUGCUUCUUCAUCUGCUCCACUGUGCAGAGAAUCCUUCAUCAAAGUCCCUGAGCCGCAGAUACUGCCUCACUAUAAGCCUCUUGACUAUGUAGAAGUUCUUGCUCAGAUUCAUGAAGAACUUGAGUCUUGCUCUUUAGAGGACAGAUCGAGUCUCUAUCUGUUGCAGUAUCAAGUCUUUAGAGGUCUUGGAGAGACCAAACUCGGUCAGAGAAGCCUUAGAUCAGCUUGGCAAGAAGCUACAACUGUCCACGAGAAAGUUGUGUUUGGGUCUUGGUUAAGGUACGAGAAACAAGGAGAGGAAGUCAUCGCCGAGUUGCUUUCUUCUUGCGGUAAGUAUUCAGAAGAGUUCGUGCCGCUGGACAUUGCAUCUUAUCUCCCGGUUACUUCCCCCGAGGCAGCAUCUGUGAAGGUGAAGCGCCACAUUUCAAGAAACGUUGUGUUUAAAAUAGAACAAGAGAGAAUAGCUUGUGACAGAAGGAAGAUUGCUAGCCUUUCGGCUCCUUUCCACGCCAUGCUCUAUGGGAGCUUCACGGAGUCGCUUCUCGAUGAGAUAGAUAUGUCAGAGAACCAUGUAUCCCCCUCAGCUAUGCGUGUUGUAAGAGACUUCAGCGUUGCUAAUGUUCUAAUCGGAGUCUCCAAGAAUCUUUUAAUAGAAGUUUUAGUCUUUGCUAACAAGUUCUGCUGCGAGAGUCUCAAAGACGCUUGCGACAGAGAGCUAGCUUCUCUGGUCUCCUCCAUGGAAUGCGCCGUUGAGCUAAUGGACUUUGCAUUAGAAGAGAGCUCCCCGAUCCUAGCCGCGUCGUGUCUGCAAGUGUUCCUUUACGAGUUGCCUGAAAGUUUAACUGAUGAGCGUGUUGUCGAGGCGUUGACUCGUGUCAACAGAUCUCAAGUCUCAACCAUGGCAGGGAAAGCUUCAUUCUCUUUAUACUCUUGUCUAACCGAAGUCUCCAUGCGUUUAGAUCCUCGUUCCGACAGAACAUUGGCGUUUUUGGAGAAAGUAAUCGACUUUGCAGAGAAUGAUCGGCAGAGAGUGUUGGGGUUUCAUCGGUUAGGUUGCACAAGGCUGUUGAGGAAAGAGUACCGUGAAGCAGAAGAAGCAUUCGAAACCGCGUUUAAUCUAGGCCAUGUGUAUUCAGCAACUGGAUUAGCGAGAAUAGGUUACAUCCAAGGCCAUAAACUUUGGGGCUACGAGAAGCUAACCUCUGUGAUCUCCUCCGUUUCGCCUCCUCUCGGAUGGAUGUAUCAAGAAAGGUCUUUAUACUGUGAAGGCGAUAAGAAGCUCGAGGAUCUUGAAAAAGCAACUGAGCUUGACCCGACCUUGACUUAUCCAUACAUGUAUAGAGCUGUCAAGUUAAUGUCUGAACAAAACGCUGAAGCUGCGCUCGAGGAGAUCAACAGGAUCUUGGGGUUUAAACUCGCGUUGGAGUGCUUGGAGAUCAGGUUCUGUCUUUACCUCGGUAUGGAUGACUAUGAAGCUGCGCUUCGUGAUAUCCAGGCUGCUCUUACUUUGUGUCCGGACUACAGAAUGUUUGAUGGGAAAGUAGCUGCGAGGCAGCUUAGAACGCUGGUCUAUGAGCAUGUUGAGAGCUGGACAACCGCUGAUUGUUGGAUGCAGCUUUAUGAGAAAUGGUCUAACGUUGAUGAUAUUGGUUCUCUUUCAGUGAUCUAUCAGAUGCUUGAAGCUGAUGCUUGUAAAGGUGUUCUCUACUUCAGGCAAUCUUUGCUUCUCCUAAGGUUGAAAUGUCCUGAAGCAGCUAUGCGUAGCUUACAGUUAGCUAGAGAGCACGCCUCGAGUGACCACGAACGUCUGGUGUAUGAAGGAUGGAUCUUAUAUGAUACUGGUCACUGUGAAGAAGGGCUUCAAAAGGCUAAAGAGUCCAUAAGAAUAAAGAGGUCAUUCGAAGCUUACUUCCUCCAAGCUUAUGCCUUAGCAGAAUCUAGCCUUGAUCCAUCUAGUUCUUCAACCGUUGUCUCUCUUCUUGAAGACGCUCUUAAAUGCCCCUCUGAUAGGUUGCGGAAAGGCCAGGCUCUAAACAAUCUUGGGAGUGUCUAUGUGGAUUGUGAGAAGCUAGACCUAGCUGCAGAUUGUUAUAUAAACGCUUUGAAAGUGAGGCACACACGUGCGCACCAAGGCCUAGCUCGAGUCCAUUUCCUUAGAAACGACAAAGCUGCUGCUUAUGAAGAAAUGACAAGACUAAUAGAAAAGGCUCAGAACAAUGCAUCUGCUUACGAGAAAAGAUCAGAGUACUGCGACCGUGAACUCGCCAAGUCUGAUCUUGAAAUGGUCACACGGUUAGACCCUCUCAGGGUUUAUCCUUACCGUUACCGCGCUGCAGUGUUGAUGGAUAGUCGGAAGGAGAAAGAGGCGAUUGAGGAGUUAUCACGAGCUAUUGCUUUCAAAGCUGAUCUUCAUCUUCUUCACUUAAGGGCGGCUUUCCACGAGCACAAUGGUGAUGUUAGUAGUGCGUUGAGGGACUGUCGUGCGGCGCUCUCGGUUGAUCCUAACCAUCAAGAGAUGCUCGAGCUUCAUAGCCGUGUUAAUAGCCAUGAACCUUGAGUGUCAAGAAAGCUUGGAGAUGAUGGUAAAGUGUGAACAAAUUUGUAUUCAUAGUUGUAAACUUAUAUUCUCUCGUUACUCUUCUUUAUUUUUUUUUGUUAUUGUUUUCCUUAAAAUCGAUAUUAUAUUUUCAACCUAUCAUCUUAAACUUCAAA